AAUUGCUUUGAUCGCAGCUGUAUCUGGCAGGGAGUCCUCCGAUUUCUGUUUCCCUGGCGUCUGGAGAUAUUUCUCCUUCACACAUUUAAUGGUAUGGAAAUAUUUCUUUGCUUGUGUACUGUAAGUACUGUCAAACACGAUUUAUUGACUUGAGCGAAACUAGAAUAGUUAGGGUGUUAACCGCAGUGAAAGUUAUGGCUUCUUAAUUCGUGCUUGGCUUAAGCUUAUUAGUGAGCAGGUUAAUUUGAUGCAGUUUCUGUUCCCGAGAGUUAUUUUUCUUUUGCUGGAGUGAACAAGCAGAAAUCUGUCAUGCGUGAUUAUCCUAGGGCAGGAAUCCCCUAUUUAGCUAAGGAACCUAAGCAGAUAUUUCCAAUUUACGUCAAAUCCUUCUACUCAUGCAAAGCUGACAUCCUAAGAUUACCUAAACAUAAGAGUUAAAUUCGAGAGCAUAAAUAAUUUAUUAUGGAAGGAAUUUUAGCUUUAUUACAUUGUAUCUGUUCGUUAUUAUAAGGAACUGAUCUUCUCUAUUUCUUGACCUGUUCCGUGUUAAUAUUUGGUAAACUCUGGUGAUGUAGAAGUAAUAUCGUUCAUGCAAAUAACCAUGCUUUAGCGAAUAAAUUUAAUUUGGAUUAGAGUCUUGUUCAGUAGGAGUAAUCCGGCUAUAAACAAUGGCUUGCAUUGGGAAGGGAAUGCAAUUUAAAUAUAUUGUGUUUAUCAAAGCUGUAUAUAUUUAAUUUAUUUAAAUCAUCACAUUAAUUGAAUAGUUUCAGUUUGAGCUUCCAUGCCUUUUACAGAUCCUAGAUGGCAAGAUUUUAUUUUCAGUGUAGAAAAUUUUGUGAAAGCAAGGGGGUUUGGAAUAUAUGUAAUUACUUAACUCGUAAAUCCAUGAAAAAAGCAAAAACAUGCAGCCAUUUGUACUUUGCAUGUAAACAGAUUUUAAUUGAAUUUUAGAUGCACAGUGAAACAAUACCGUAAAUCCUCUAUUAAGCCCCUCCCCCCCAGUCUAUUUGAGGCAGGGGGAGCUUAUUAGACAGGGAGGACUUAUUAAAUUUAGGAUAAACUAUGGUAUCAGUUCUCCAUAAAGAACUAGAAAACAAAGUGGAAAAGCUCAACUACAAGAAGAUUGGAGGUCAUGCAGGCAAGGAUCAAAAUCAAAUCCGCACUUCCAAUUCGUAAAUAAACCAUCCCAGACCAGUCUACGUGGAGUUUUACUGUCUGUAUUGAUUGAUACAGUCUGUCAUUAGUCAAGAAUAAUUAAGGGAGGGGAGGGGGGCUUAAUAGAGAGGGUGGGCUUAUUAACUUUCUUCCCCUGAAAGGGGGCGCUUAUUAGAGGGAGGGGGCUUAUUUUAGAGGGGCCGGGCCUAAUAGAAGAUGUAUGGUAAAUAAAUUUCUUUUUUAUUAUUAUUGUACCAAAUGGUUUUUCUAAUGUUAUUGUUAGAGCUAAAACUUACCAUAAAGCCAUUUGAAGCUAGUCAAGUGGUUUUCUGGUCACUGUGGUGCGAUAAAGAGCUAAAACUUACCAUGAAGCCAUUUACAGGUCGUAAACGACGGGGCCUUCUGAUCAUAGGGGUUCAUUAAGGUUUUGAACGUUUUGGGGCCUUCUGAUCCAGAUGCAAAACAUUAGCGCAGGGAUGUGUUUUUGCAAAGCUCAGGCAUUUCAAGUAAAAAAAAAAAAUUUCAAGAUUUUCUCUACUGGAGGCCCUUUUUUUGGUUCUCUCCUCCCCUCUUUUUUCACUUUUCUUGCCUAAUUUUUUUAUUUCUUUUGCGGGGCAUUUAGUAGGCUUCAUUUUUAAGAUCUUAGAAUCAGAUGAAAGGAAAGGUAGGUGGGUAGUGGAACAAGAUUUUCUGGUCAAUGUUACAUGGUUUUUUGCUGUUUUCUCCGGUGUCCUUGGCUGAAUUGUGCUUAUUCUGGUAUGGUUUUAAAGAUCUCUUCACUCUGCACAAGUUAGCGGACAAAGUUGUCCUUGACCAUUAAAACUGAUGAUGUCAGAAGUGGUAGAAUGGAUGUGAUCUGCACGGGCGGUUACUGGUGGCUCAGAGGCAAAUGGGUUAAUAGUGCUUGUUGUCACAAAGUUAGCUAUCUCCACGUUGAAAGUCACUGUCUUCGUAUAUCAAGAGGGUUUGUUAUCCUUUUUGGGGAUUCAUGUAAGGUAGAAAAAAAUUUAAUAAUUUGUAAAUUGUACUUAAUUUAUAUACUUACAGGCAGCUCUCUCAAAUAUGCAUACUGCUGGUGCUGUCACUUAUUAGGGACUUUAAGCAAAUCACUAUUGCAACCUCUACUACGGCGGUCGUGGAUGCGGAUUCCAGGGGAGAGUACGUCACCGUAGCCCACAAAAUUUUAACUUUAAGCAACCAGUGUCCAAACAUUGACUAUGGGGUUUCUUGCUCAUUUGCUUUCGCACUUAGUGAAAGGCAGGGAAGACGUAAUUAGUGGAUAACCAGAAGCGUCAAAUAUUCUGUUGAUAAAGUGAAAAAUAAUCUUUGAUAGGUAAAACCAGUGAUUGUAAAUAAUAGGAGAAAAGUCAAAUUUUAUACUCACGUAGUAGCGACUAUGCUACAAGACAGGUCUUCACAUUGUUGGAUUUGGUGUUACAGCAAAAGGUCAUUUCCAAGCUUGCACACUGCCUCAUUUUUGGGCUUUUUUACUUCCGGCUGCCAUAGUAGAGGUCACAGUAGCAAUUUGCUUAAAGUCCCUAUUUUAUCUGUCUCAAGGAAGUGUCUGUGCACAGUCAUUGAGUCAAUGGAAAUUAUACAAGGACAGCACCGACCAACUCUACUUUAGAAUGGGUAGUGUUCAUUAUGAAAGGGUUAACUCACAAACCCAAUUCCUUGCAUGAACCUUUGUCACCAAUAUUAAGUUAUGAGAAAUAAGUAUUUCAUGAAAUGCACAUUUAGCAAUCUCUACAGGUAGUUCACUAGUUAAGUAGCUGCUCUUGGAUUUUGGAUUAUGAUCCAAUUUCUUGAAUAGUUCUGGAGAACAGAGGAAGCCAUUAUUUCUAGUUAUGGCCUAAGGGAUUUUUGAUGAUGAUAGUGGGCUUGCAUAGUGUAGCAGACUUCUUCUUCAAGUGGAAACUUGCUGCACUGUGGAAUUCCUCUUUAUCAUGUGAUGACUUUAAAGAUCCAAAAAAGCAAUGUCCUGCAAUGUCCUGAAGGUGCACAUCAGUGUCAUACAGGGACUCUGUCUUGCGUAGUUUAGUCUCAUAUUUAUCAAUGUAUGAUACAUACUUUAUGAAGUUGCCAGAGGAGACUCCUCGGCGCUUGUCCUGGCUUUGUUAGACCUCUCAAGGAGGCCAUACUUUAACUCAGUAUGACAGCAUUUGUUAAUUCUUUUUAUACAGGUAUUUUUUAAUGCACAACCCAGGUGAUACCUGGAUUGGUUAAAAUAUUAGCUUUCUGUUGGAACAUCAUAAGUGCGACCCAGAUCUGCAUUGUAGUUUCUGACCCUAGAACAGUCCCCCUCCUCUCUCCCAGGUAUUAAGAAUCUAACAUUUGAUUCAGCGUAAGGUAUUAUUUUAUGUGACGUCGCGUUAGUCUCAUCUAAUCAUGUUUAUUUUUAUCUCCAGUAUGCCAGCAUUCUUCACAAUAUCAAAUAAAAUGGAAGAAGAUAUAACAAACACUAGACUGGGCAUCAAAGAAUCACUAAAAAAGCUAGAUGAGUACACAUCCUAUCUCAGGUAUUUCCUUAGUAUUUUCGUAUGAGGUGACUGUUAGAUGACAAAUCAAAAAAACCAAAACUUGCAUUUUGCAUUUGGCCUGCAAAAUUUUUGGGGAUAUAUUAGACCUGAAAUGAGGGCAUUGUCACCAUCUUAUAUUUCCUCAUAUAGAUUAUACUUUUACAGUCAACUCUCUGUAAGAUGGAUGCCUUUAAGACCUGCAACACAUGUCCAUUUAGAGAUAUGACAGUCUUAUAGAGAGUCAGCUAAAAGAAGUAAAGUAGAGGCAGGGACCAACUCUAGGUGUCUGUUUUUAAUUAGCAAGGUAUCCGUUAAGAGAGAAAUAACUGUGCUAACAAAAUUUGUACUGUAUUUGGUAAAAAUGGGUCAGACGGUGUUAGUGAUGUGCGCUGUUUUGUUCUCAGAUCAAGAUUAACAGACAUCAAAUCCACACGGGAUGGUGUCAAAAGCAGUAUUGGUAUUGCACACACCGAAGUUGAGGAGAAAUUUAAACUCUUGAGGAAUGAGGUUGCACAGAUGCUAGACUGUCGGGAGAAGGCUAUUCUAACUACUAUUACUGAAAUAGAGAGGAAGGACCUUGAUCCUUUAAACAAUCUGGAAGACAAAAUCAACAGAGAGUUAGAUAAAACUGUUAAACUUUUAGAAAAAGGUAAGAGGCUGCUGAGUAUUAUUAUUUAUUGAUUUUUAUUUAGUGAAUUUCCAACACAGGGAUUACUUUUCACCAAAGAAAAAAACAACAACUGCGGUUCCCUUUUUACUUUAUACUUUAUAGUCUAGCCUUAGCCAGAGGAACAAUUAGUAACUGCCAGCAGCAACAUCUGAAAAUGAAUAUCAAUGGUGAAAUAAAAUCAUUUUCAGAGACGUAUCUGUAAAUAAUUUAUAGAUACGUCUUAUUCUUUGAUGUCUGUUCUCUUUGCCAGAAAUUUUGCAUCUUUGCUUUUAUCUUUCUACUUAUCGCUACUUUUGAUUAUUCAGACAAGUAGAAAAGUUAAAAGCCAGGAAAAAUUUGCAUUCAGAUGUUAUGCACAUUUUCUUUUUCUCUUGUCUCAGGAAAUUCCUCCUUGGAUAAGGAUGAUGCAGUUCUUCUUAGUGAAAGAAAGAACUUGCAAAAUGAGCUACAAAUUUCUCCCAUCAGGUAUUUAUGGUACAUUUUGUUAACAAAACUUAAUAUUUUUCCCCUCAAGCACUACCCUUGUAAUUAGUUAAAGUAUUUGGAAUUAAUUCAAAAACAAUCAUAAUUAUUAUUGACCAAGUUGUCUUGAAUACGUAUGACUGCCAUCUAAAAAAACAACUGCAUUUGGAUACACAUUUACUGCAUGCCCCUUUCCCCUUCCCCCCUUAAAAAAGGGAAAACCCUCAUACCUUCAUGCAAGGGCUGUAAUUGAGUCCUUUUAAAUUCCUGGUCUUGCUUUGAAGAGCACUGACCUGUUAAGUGGUUACUGUAGCAAUUUUUACAGCACUGUUCAUUUCAUAUGAUCAUAAUCAUAAUCAUCUCAUGAGAGAUCUACAGUACAAAUACCACCAGGUUUCUCAAAAUGUUUAAUGGAACUGGACAGACUAAACGAUUAGGCAGCAAGGCCCAGAGUGGGGACCUGGUGGGGGGGUGGGGGGCAGUGUGGUUUGCACAGGUCUUAAACAAGGAAAGUUUUAAAAAAUUUUGAUAGUGACAGCUAAACCUAAGGUCUUGGAAAACUUAGAAAAGUCAUGGAAUUUGAAGAGCUCAAACGAGUACGAUCCAGGGAGGGGCUGGGGAGGGGUACUCCCUGUAAUGAAGUAUAUCAAAGGGCAAAGAAAUCUGUCAUUUCAAUCUGUAAAAAGGCCCAAAAGGUUAACAGAUAGUUGUUUUGGUUGUGGGAAAGUCAAGAAAAUGUUUUGAUUUUCUAAUUUAUUUAAGACAGUGCAUUUACAACAGUUAAAUAGGAUGCAAAACUCUAAACUAGGUAAAUGAAAGGGGUACCAUUUGUUUUCUGUCAAAAGUGGUAUAUAAAAGGGUGAGGGGUUGGACCUCAGGGCAUAGCAUCCCCCAUAUAAAACUUCUUUGAGCACUCCCCUCCGUGUGAGUGGGGACUAUCUAAAUCAUGAUACACUUGGAAAUAAAAUGCCAAUGACAAAAAAUUGGCCAUAAAUUUCACAUGGGUUCCCCAGGGGUUUAAUAGUAAUAACGUCCUUUCAAACCCAUCUUAGGUAUCCUGAUGCACCAUGCAUAUCUCAAACACUGUCUGUCACAUUCAGUGACAGUCACACCCAGUCACUAAGAGAUGCUGUCAGUUUAAUUGGAGAAGUGUCCAUGACUGGUUCACUUCAAAUAGCAGAGCUGGUGGAACAACCUGGAGCUAUUCUUGUUCAGUGGUAUGAUGAGGUAUGUGUGGCUCCAUCUUGGAAAGAUUAUUAAAUGUGGUUUGUUGUAAAUGUUGAGCUUCCCUCUGUAUGUGCUACCAAUUAAAUCAUUUACUACUAUUUUAUAAUCAUAAUGAAGUUCCAAGAGUGCAACGUUUUAAUAAUAAUUAAGUUAAUAUGUCAAUGAUAAUAAUAAUAAUGAUAAUGAUAAUGAUAAUAAUAAUAAUAAUAAUAAAUGAAUGAAUGAAUAUAAUGUGAAUAUAAUAUUAUUAUAUUCACUGUAGACAUGUUCAGAUAGUGAGUCAAUAACAGAUUAUAGUGGAGUCCAGGAAUACAUGCUUCAGUAUUGCCGCACAAACAACAAAGGCAACAGUGAUUCAGUAUUCAGUACUGUGUACUGCGGAGAGGAGUCAUCACAUCUAGUGACAGACCUGGAGCCACAUGUGUCAUAUACUUUUCGUGUCUGUGGAAGAUUUGGUAGUGAAGCAAAGUGGGGAUCAUGGAGCAUUCCAAGAAAUGGAAUAACAACACUUGAUCAGCAUGGUAAUGAUUACAAUGAUUUGUGACUGUACUGCACUGUUGUCAUUAAUUUGAAUUUCUAUGGUUUUUUGUGAUAAGAGUUGCGGCAAUAUGUCAUAAUUACUUCUACGCAUUUUGUAGUAAUGGUUGCGGCAUUUCAUAAUAAUCAUUGGUCUACUCAAAAUGCGUUGUUAUUGCAAAAUGCCGCAGAGCAGUUCUAACUGCUCAGUUUUUGUGUGAGAAUCUUGUACAUGUUAUUCUUUCAUGAUCAGUUUUAUUUAAAUCUGCCUCUUAAUUAUUCUUAAGUAUAAAUGUACAUCUUUUCUAAAAUCAUCGCUUACACUGUGUUAUUGUCGAGUUAAGGUCAGUAAGGUAAAUGAUGAUAUACUAUUUUUGUUUAACUGUAAAAGGCCCUUACCAAAAAUCGGAACUGACCAGCUGCAUUGGCCAUUUUGAAAAUGAAAUAUUUGGCUUUUCUCGGAAUUUUCGCUUACCCUGCCUGACAGUCUAUUUAACAAUAAUAUUAUUCCUCAUGCCCUCAUUCGGACUCGAGGAGGCCAUGAAGGCAAGUGGAGUAACGGUUUUUGUAAAAUUCAACUACUUGGUCAAAAAUGUCAAGACAAAACAAUUUUAGCUAGCACUGAACGCGAUUCAGCCGCCAUUGUUUUGGUUUUGAAAGCCGGUGCUUGUCACUACUAGUGGGCUAUACUGAACAUAUAGCCUAGUAGUUGCUCAAGCAAUCAGAACUGAACGCAGCUUUGAAAAUAGACCACUAGCUGGAUUCUACUAAUAAGGAAUAGACCAGGCGGGUGACACUUCUACCUAAGACAGCUCUUCCCCAUAUAAACCAGGGGCCUGACUGUUGACUCACUUUUGCUUGUCUACUGUUCUUCUUGUUUUGUAUGUAACAGCCUUUCUUUGUUUCAGAAUGGUCAGCUGAUGACUGCUUCAAUCAAAAUAAACUUGCUGUGUACCAGCUGAGCAACAGGCGAAAGACUGCAACAAAAGUUUUUCCGGACUGCUCCAAAGUGCUGCGGUCAAAGACAAUGAGUUACAGACUCGAUACCACGCUAGCUUUCAAGAUCGACGAGACGGGUGACCCAAGUAAUGGAGAUGGCAUUGGUCUUACGACUUCAUCUUUUGAUUUUAGCAAUGCAAAGCAAGUUUUACAGUGCCCUGGUUCUGUUAGUAUCAAUUCCAAAGGGGUCGUAUAUGUCAAUGGAUCAUCAAUGACAACUAGAUUGCCUCAGUUCAAGCGAGACUCCCUUGUCAUGUUUGAAGCCGGUAGAGUUUCCAAAGACAAGCUACGGGUGUCAAUUACUGUGGAUGAUAAACGAGUGACGUUUGAUUGGCAGGUGGACAGUGACGGCGAUGGAUUUUACUUUGCAAUGGGAUUUCAACAUUCAGGUUGGCAAGUCUCUGUCUAGCAUCCUAAAUCAGUUCAGAGGAGACAAUAUAGAAGUGAUAUUUCAUGCCAAGGAAUUUUAUUUUCAGUCCCGUUUUACGACAAAAGUGAUACAUAUAGACAACUGAAUGCAAACAGAACAAGGCGAUCUUAUCUUUGCUACAGCGGCAGGAUAAUCAAGACUGGGGACAUUACAGUACUUAACGUUAAGAGAUUCACAAAGCUCUUACUUCUGUUGCUUAAACACAUUAUAACAUGUAACUUGCUACAGUACCUUGUGCAGGCUUGCCUUUACGUUGUCAGUCAGCAACGGAUUUAUUAGAAGACAAGAGAUGGCUGAUCAGAUUUGAUUUACCUCAUAACAAACACUAAAUUUAUUCAAAGCAAAACACUUCCAUUUAAUUCUAAAAAGUCCAUCCGAUAACUUAUUUUAAAGAAUUUUGCUAUUUUUUUUUUGUAAUAUACACAUAACUCUUUACUAAUUUAGAAAUCAAAUCAUUUUACUUGCGAAUUUGCCAUAUAUUACUCUUAAUAAUGAUCACGGAGGCACCGAAAACGUGAAGGAAAAAAUCACAAACAGCAAGAAGUCUGUACUUGCAUUUCUACGCUCUCUGUUACCUUUCUUUGCCGUUUUCUGAUCUACAACGACCUGAAAUUUCAUAGUGCAUCGUUUUAGGGAGAACGUGAACAGGCGGAGAAGUUUUUUCCACUGAACUUGGACGCGAGCAAGAACAAUUCAGCUUCAAAAAAAUUCAAUCAUAUUUGCUUGGAGAGACUGAGCGAGUUAGAGUAAUCAUACUGAUGUUUAAAGAACGCGAUUUCGCUUUAUCAGAAGCGUUCUCGUUGCCACCUUUAUUGUGCAUGCAUAGGCUCCCUUAACAUGGUGUAUUUGAAGGAAUGAAAUAUCAGUCGAUCUUAUUCUCUAAUUUUUGGUUUCUCUGCUUUCUAUCAUUUUCUAAUCUUUCUGAUCUUAAUGCAAAGUAGUGCUCAUAAAAAUCAGCUACAUUCAAGAUAAAACAAAAAUGGAAAGUGAAAAGAUUUUAUUAUGUGUCGAUGCGAAAGAUGUAAAACAGUUAACUUAUACAGUUUUUAAUGUAAGAAAAUAUUAACAAGAAACUCCCAUCUUUUUCGUGAUACAGUAUCUUCAAUUUAAAUGAUGGAAAAUUUUCGUGCAAUAGCUAGAUAUAAUCCAGAAUUUUAUGGUUAUAUUUAGUCAAAGGCACGACUUUUAUUUUUUCUUGUGAGCCAAAUACCCCCGAAACAUGCGCAACAUUGGAGAGGUUUAGGUUGUUUACCAUUUACAUUGGCAAUCUGGUCGGUUUAUGGUUUGGGCAAAUGGUGAGAAAAAUUCAGGACUGGUUUCAUUCGGAAUCGUGUUUACCAUUUGCACGAAUCACUUCC